AUGAAUAGCGUCCCUUUAGCCAAGACCCACCUUAUACUGCCACCAAUCCAUACCGCCACCAAUCCAUACCCCCACCACCCUAUACUGCAACCAAUCCAUACCACCACCAAUCUAUACUGCCACCUCUCUAUACCACCACCACCCUAUACUGCCACCAAUCCAUACAACCACCCUAUACUGCAACCAAUCCAUACCACCACCAAUCUAUACUGCCACCUCUCUAUACCACAACCACCCUAUACCACCACCACCCUAUACUGCCACCAAUCCAUACCACCACCACCCUAUACUGCAACCAAUCCAUACCACCACCAAUCUAUACUGCAACCUCUCUAUACCACAACCACCCUAUACUGCCACCACCCUAUACUGCCACCAAUCCAUACCACCAAUCUAUACUGCCACCAAUCCAUACCACCACCACCACCACCCUAUACUGCCACCAAUCCAUACCACCACCACCCUAUACUGCCACCAAUCCAUACCACCACCAAUCUAUACUGCCACCACUCUAUACCACCACCACUCUAUACUGCCACCACUCUAUACUGCAACCAAUCCAUACUGCCACCAAUCCAUACCACCACCACCACCACUCUAUACUGCAACCAAUCCAUACCACCACCAUAUACUCCCCCCACCCCACACCCCCACCCCCCUAUACUGCCACCAACCUAUACUGCCACCAAUCCAUACCACCACCAAUCUAUACUGCCACCACUCUAUACUGCAACCAAUCCAUACUGCCACCAUUCCAUACCACCACCACCACCACUCUAUACUGCCACCACUCCUUUCUGCCACCAAUCCAUACCACCACCACCACCACCACCACUCUAUACUGCAACCAAUCCAUACCACCACCACCACUCUAUACUGCCACCAAUCCAUACUACCACCACUCUAUACUUCAACCAAUCCAUACCACUGCCAAUCGAUACCGCCACCACUCCAUACUGCCACCAAUCCAUACCACCACCACUCUACACUGCCACCAAUCCAUACUUCCACCACUCUAUACUGCCACCAAUCCAUACUACCACCACCACUCUACCCUGCCACCAAUCCAUACUACCACCACCACUCUACACUGCCACCAAUCCAUACUUCCACCACUCUAUACUGCCACCAAUCCAUACUUCCACCACUCUAUACUGCCACCAAUCCAUACUACCACCACCACUCUAUACUGCCACCACUCCAUACCACCAAACUCUAUACUACUGUAAUAAUCCUCUGGAUCGCAGCUGUGACAGCUAG